ACACCUCAGGAAAGUCCGCCACAAUUAUUGCCGCCAUUUUCGCCAGGAAGUGCUGAAACUCAAAGACGCGUCAUUCGCUCCCGUGGGCCUUAUAACCCUUUGUGGCACGCUAAAUAAUGCACACUCCGAGCCAUGUAAAGUUGAGCGUCGCCAUAUGCGCCAUGAGCGUACUCUUUCCUGUACAGGAUGUGUCGGCUUUCCUGACUCCUGCAGCAAGUGGGCAUCGGAACCCCCCCCUUGCUCCGAGAAGUCCGACGUCAGACCCAACUGCCUUGGCAGUCAGCACUGAAGGCGACCCUGACCGCUGCAAGAUCCGGAACGAUGUGGAACAGCAAUUUAAUCGCAAGGAUGCCGUGCGUUCCUUGAAUGCAUGGACCCUCGGAGCCACGGCAGGGGCCACUUGGGCGGCAUUGACCAUGGGGGGCUCAAGGGCAAACUCUCCAAGUGUCCCCGACUUGGCGCCGAUGGCUGCGUCUUCAAGCGAUGGCCCGGUAGAAGGUGCAGUUGUGCGGAAAUCAGUACCGGAACUGAGGUUUGAAAUGCUGAAAAAGGGGUUGGACCUGACGCAUGCGUUUCAGUUCGAAGAGGCGGAGGACGUUUACACAGAGCUGAUAGGGCUCUUCGACAGCGACUACACAAGUUUGAGCGAUCAGGAGAAGCAGCUGGUGGCAAAAGCGUUCUCGAAUCGAGGCAAUGUCCGCUGCUCCUUGACGCGAGUCAGCGAGGCGCUGCUAGACUACAGCCGAAGCAUUGAGCUGUGUCCUGACACGGCCGAGUACUGGACAAACCGGGGCUUGGCCUUCGAAGUGAUAGCGGACGCACUUCUUGCAACACGGGAAAAGGACGCAUUCCAAUUCUAUGAGACGGCCAUCGCCGACUACGAGCACGCACUGGUCAUGGACCCCGAGAACCACCGGCUCUACCUUAAUGCUGGCGACGUGCUCACACGCACCCGUCGGCAUGACCUUGCAUUGGAGUACUAUCGCAGAGCCCUUGCCUUGUUUCCCAUGUCUCCGGCGAGUCGCGGCAAGGUGGCGUUGCUGGAGGUGGAGAACGGUAAUGUUGGGCGAGGCAUGUACAUGCUUGAGUCCAUCAAUCGACGUAAUCCGGACUUUGCGGAAAUGCUUCUUGCAUCAGCUGCCUUGGAUUGGACUCUCGGCCGAUUUGUCGAAGGCGUGGAUUCGUAUCGUGAAGCAGUGUCGCGUGAUCCGCGACUGUUCGACGACUCGUACUUAAAGAUGGAUUGUCACUGGCCUCCGACCAUGUUAAAAAUGCUGGACAAGCUCCGAGAAGCUGGCACCAUUGAAGGGCUGCGGUCUACUGCGGUGUCUUGGUUCGACAGUCGAGGAGACAUUAUUUGAGUGUCCUAGACAAAGUGAAGGCGCUGAUUGAGUCACCUUUCCUGAUCGGUCUGAAGACGUUGUUUGGACGUUGUUUGAAGACCAUGAAUAUUGGCAGCUACAGAAACAUGAUUUGCGCAGAAUGUAAAUAUACGCGGGUGCGGAAUUCGAAGUGUGAUUAUGUGUAAACGCUUUCUUCAGCGUCAGCUCACCGCUGGCUUAGACUAGCUACUUUCUUUCACAGAAAGUAUUCGACAUGUAACAAGCAUGAAAAAUGUCUAUAAGGUCGUGACAAUGCAAAUGUGUAGUUACCGAUAUGUUUUUACAAACUUCCAGGAUUCUUGUAUCUCUAAUUUUUUUUGCAGAUUUUUUUCAAGAAACGAUCUCAGGCAAAACUUGUGGACAGAAUUCUCUUCACGAGAAAAGAAGCUACCCCGCCGGUGAUUUUUUUGAAGAACGAACAAAUUUGUCGCCGAGUCCUUGCUGGAGUUAAGUCGUCCCUGAAUAGAGGCCAAACAAAAACUGCGAAAUGUACAUCUGAUGUGAAGUAAUUAUCUGAAAUGUAGAAGGCAGCACCAGCAACCGGGAAUGAUACGCUUUUGCAUUUUAGAGAAAUUGUUCGGGUGUUCUGCUAUCAAAAUUGCCCUCCUCAUGAUGUUUCUUUUUUUCCAACAACUAAAAUGUAAAGAAAAGAUUAUUGAUGCUUUUAAA